AUGUCCUACCCGCUCACUUUGCCGCACUGUGUCUUACUUCCUCCACUCUACCCUGCAUUCCUCAAUCUCCUUCUCCUAACUUUGUCGGAGUUCUCUGCUAGGCGGGGUUCCCGUAACUUUGUCGCAGUUGGUCUCAGCGGGUUGAAGUUGUGGUGGUUGAUGGUGGAUAGGGGUUUGGUGAUGGUGAAAGGAAGUGGGGCGAAGUUAGGCAGAGUUAGGGGAACUAGGGACAAUGGAAGCCAAAGUACGGCAAAGUUAGACAGAGUUAGGCCGAGUAGGGACAAUGGGAGCAGAAGUACGGCAAAGUUAGACAGAGUUAGGCCGAGUAGGGACAAUGGGAGCAGAAGUACGGCAAAGUUAGAUGGAGUUAGGCUGAGUAGGAACAAUGGAAGCAGAAGUGCGGCGAUGUUAGGCGGAGUUAGUCAAAGGAGGAGAAGGAUGGCUGGGGACUUGGGGAAGUUGGACGAAAUAAUAUUAGCUGAGAAGUUCGCUGAAGUUCUUCAGCAAUCCUCAAAUACUUCUAUAUUCAAAUCAAGAGACAUCGCCAUCAGAGAAAACCCCAGUUAUUGUCCCGCUUGGUGGCAAGAAGCACAAAUCCGGGUGAGAACCCCAAAUUGGAGACAUCCGGACGAAAGGGGGGAUAUAAAUCUCCGAUGGCCCUUACCAGCGGACGCCGCAGCUUGUGUUCAAGAACGCAAUCAAGAUGAAGAAGGCAUGAAUCUCAAGGAGUAA